CACUUCGCUUUAUUGCGCUUCGCAGAUAUUGCAUUUUUUACAAGACCCUCCACCAGCAAAAAGAUUACAACUUGCUGAAGGCUCAGAUGAUGGUUAGCAUUUUUUAGCAAUAAAAUAUUUUUAAAUUAAGAAUGGUAAAUAACGCUGAUCAUCUCUAGAAGGGAUAUUGCUUAACCUCAUGUAAAGUAUGCUCAGUUCCUUUCCAGUGGUUUUGCUGGAAACCAUGUCUCACUAUACAGAUGAACCCAGAUUUACCAUAGAGCAGAUAGAUCUGCUUCAACGCCUUCGGCGUACUGGAAUGACUAAACAUGAAAUUCUCCAUGCCUUGGAAACUUUGGACCGUCUUGAUCAAGAGCAUAGUGACAAGUUUGGAAGAAGGUCCAGCUAUGGAGGAAGUUCAUAUGGGAAUAGUACCAACAAUGUUCCGGCAUCUUCCUCUACAGCUACAGCUUCCACACAGACCCAGCAUUCUGGAAUGUCCCCAUCACCUAGCAACAGUUAUGAUACUUCCCCCCAGCCUUGCACUACCAAUCAAAAUGGGAGGGAGAAUAAUGAGCGAUUAUCCACAUCCAAUGGAAAGAUGUCACCAACUCGCUACCAUGCAAACAGCAUGGGUCAGAGAUCAUACAGUUUUGAAGCCUCAGAAGAGGACCUAGAUGUAGAUGAUAAAGUAGAGGAAUUAAUGAGGAGGGACAGCAGUGUGAUAAAAGAGGAAAUCAAAGCCUUUCUUGCCAAUCGGAGGAUUUCCCAAGCAGUUGUUGCACAGGUAACAGGUAUCAGUCAGAGCCGGAUAUCUCACUGGCUGUUGCAGCAGGGAUCAGACCUGAGUGAACAGAAGAAAAGAGCAUUUUACCGAUGGUAUCAGCUUGAGAAGACAAACCCUGGGGCUACGCUAAGUAUGAGACCAGCCCCCAUUCCAAUAGAGGACCCAGAAUGGAGACAAACACCUCCCCCAGUCUCUGCCACAUCUGGCACCUUCCGAUUACGACGAGGGAGUCGAUUUACCUGGAGAAAGGAGUGCCUAGCUGUCAUGGAAAGUUACUUCAAUGAGAAUCAAUACCCAGAUGAAGCAAAGAGAGAAGAAAUUGCAAAUGCUUGCAAUGCAGUUAUACAGAAGCCAGGCAAAAAACUGUCAGAUCUGGAACGUGUUACCUCUCUGAAAGUAUAUAAUUGGUUUGCUAACAGACGGAAGGAGAUCAAGAGGAGAGCCAAUAUCGAAGCAGCAAUCCUGGAGAGUCAUGGGAUAGAUGUACAGAGUCCAGGAGGCCAUUCCAACAGUGAUGAUGUCGACGGAAAUGACUACUCAGAGCAGGAUACUUGGCAAGUACGCAAUGGGGAGGAGGAGGAGGGAAGAAGUUCAGAGGGAGGCAGAGAAGCAGAGAAGGAUGACAGCACUAGCCAUAGUGACCACCAAGACCCCAUCUCAUUAGCUGUGGAAAUGGCAGCAGUCAACCACACUAUCUUGGCAUUGGCCCGACAAGGAGCCAACGAAAUCAAGACAGAGGCCCUGGAUGACGACUGAUCAGGGAGGGUUGAACACGAGAAGUUAACUUAGUUUAGACGUAGCACCUUAGCAGACUUUCCUCGGUCCUUAACAUGUGUUCUUACAGUAUAACUUGCAGUUUCUUGUAUGUCAGUUAGCUGUUAGGGUCUUGUUCUGUGAAGAUGGCAUGGUGCCCUCAGCAUUUGCAUAUACUCUCUCAGUAUUAAUUCCCAGUAAAUAAUAACCAACCAACCAACCAAACUUCCCUCUCCCAGCCCCUGAGGCUAGAAAAUCUUGCUGCUCUGUCUUAGCAUUCCAAGAAAGUGCUUCCAGGUAUUUAGAUAGCCCUCAGUUCUCAAAUACUAGGCUACGUGUAAAACCUUGGGUACCUUUAGAUUCUUGUAACACUAGUCUGUACUCCUUUUCCUUCCCCAAGACUGACAGGAUACAAGCUGAGGUAGUGUGGCCCAGGGUUGACAGACACCAUUUGGGGAAUAUCUGCAGAGUAAAAGGAACACUAGCAUCCCCACCUCAAUGUGGGAAUAAUUGAUUUCCAGCUGCAAUAAGCCGUGCCUCAUAAUAGUCACACUGUGGCUAGAUUAUACUUCUUUGGGUGCUGUGCUAAGAAUGUCAGUGGAUAAACUCGAUCUCAGAUUUUGGUUGAUGUUAACAUGCCUGACACAGACAUCCUUUCCUCUCACAAGCUGUGUGUCUUAGCAGAUAAAAUACUGCCUUCUGCCUUUGGGACCAUGAGUAAAACAAACAAAAAAAAGACAAAAACAAAAGUUAUAAAAAAUAAACAAAAAAAAACCCAGCUUGAGAGCAUUGGAAAAAACGAUGAGCUGAAUGUCUAAUGGAUGUUAAGUCUAGUUUUCAGAACCACUAUACAUUACGUGGCACAGGUACGUGCCUGCCUGGAAAAGUGCUGGAGGUCAUCACGGAAGCCACUUUGCCUCCUGUCUGUGGCCCCUUUCCCUGCUACCAAAAAAGUCUUUCAAGGAUGGAGCUAAGGUCAAAAAUGAGUGAUUGGACUUCCAGUUAUUUGUAUCCGUUAACUGAAGCCCCCUCAAUAUGAGAGGUCGAUAGAGGACUUUACAGUGGGAUUAUGCUGACUGACUAUCACAAAUGCAAAUACUGUCCUAAAUAGGAGCAGAAAAAAGCAGGGGAUGUUUGCCACUUAUGUGGUGGGUCUUCGAGAUACAACGGGAUGUGACUGCUUUGGUGUUCUCUUUACUCUGUCCUUGUAGAGAUGUGAAAAGCUGUAUUGCUACAGGCAAUUUAUUUAAUAAUUGGAAGCCAUAUUGAUAAUGGAUGUGGUAAUAUUUGUACAGUUUAAUCUACUUUAAGCAGCAGUAACUAAUGGAAUUUUUUUCCUUGAUCACAUAUGUAGCACUUUUGUUACUUUUUAAAGAUAUUUAUAUUUGAUAAAUCUGUUUUUCAUUUUGAGAACUCAAAAUACCAAACAGUGAACUUGCGUUAUAAAGUCACCCUGUGAUCACCUUGGCAUCUAGUAGCAAAAUGAUGAACUAUUCAUGCAUCAAAAAAAAAAAAUUACAUCUGCUGGCCUGGUAUGAAAAUGAUCUCUUGGCAUCCUGAUUAAAUGACACCCUGUCACUGUGGCUAAGAGGAAACAGCCUUCAAUGUAGCAGCGUAGGGUGCGUCUGAGAGAGGCUUAACUGCUGUAUAUUUUCUGCCUCGUUCCAUCUCUCCUUUCUACGUACAAUGAAGCCUUGUUUAAAGGGGAAUACGGGGCUGACUAUUAAGCAGGGCUUCUAUCUUUCUGUCCAUUACCUGAAAACCAUUUCUAAGAUGGAAGGAAGGCCCCAUUUCCGCACCUCCCCACUCCUCCUCCCCCAGCAAAUGUAUUCAACUUAAAACCAUUGAGAGCGAAUGAGACUUACUAACCUUCUUCGUUUUUCCCUUUCUCGUUAGUGAGAUUGAAUAUCCGCCAGUUUCUAGCUGGUCCAACGCCACUUACGGCGCAUGCUGACGAGAUCAUCUCCUUAUUUCUUAAUACUGCUUAUGUCAGUGUGAGGAAGCCUUUGAGAAGGCAUGAAAAUGCCACCUUAUAUGGGUCUGUGACUUUAAAGAGCUGUAGGCAGGACCUGGGCCUGCUCUUGUCCAUGGAUUUCAGGGGGAAAAUGUAUAUACUUUUUCCAGCUUCCAAGAAUUGAGGUAAAAUGGAGUAGUCUUUUCUGUUUUACUGUAUUACUUGAACCAACAAAUUCAAGAGUAGCAUUUGUUGUUCUCAGGAAUGAUCCCCCCCCCCGCUUACUUUCUUACUUGGUGUGUUUGACUUUUAUUUCAAUUAGGAAGAUUGUGUUAUCUUUCUUUCCUUUUAUAUUACUUGGGAGAAAUAUAACAUUGUAUCUUUCAA